CAGGGUCUCAUCUGGCCGUUCUUCCGAAGUUGUUCCACCGAGGCGAGAUGGCGCGCAAGCGGAAGGCCGGCGACGACAUUGCCGGGACAAGGCAUCGGGCUGCUGCGCGGACGGAGCCUACUGCCGGCGACGACCUUGCCGCUAGAUCGGGCCAGACUGCUGGGCGGACGGCGGACGCAGCCGGCGACGGCAUUGCCGGAACUUCGCCGGUGAUGGCGUGGCUGUUGGCGGUGACUUCAGGCUACGCCGUCGGCUCUUCCCAGUUCGAUGGAGCUGCUCCCGUUCGCGGGGCCGGGGGCGGGUCGGGGUACAGGGGAUUCUCCCAGUCGCAGCCGCGUAGGAGGGAGCCACAGAUACCAUCUCAGGGGAUGCUCCGGCCGCCGCUGCGCAAUCCAGUCGGUGGGCGUCCGCCCUUCACCAACCAAUGCCACGCGCCGACCGGCCAUGGUUCGCUCCCCGGCCAGACCCAGAACCACGUCGCCGGCCCCAGGCAGACAGGAACAGGGCAGCCGCGCGGCCACUCCGGCGGCGGCGGGCAGCCUCCUACGGCGAUCACUUCCGGUGCUUCAGUCAGUCCCCUGUCUCCAGUGUGCACUCUUUGCAAGAGACCCACGACCGGGGUUUGGGGCUUGGUGCCAUUGUGCGUGGAUUGCUACAACAAUCCCGUCACCAGCAACGUGGUUCAGCAGCACCCGGAGAUCCGCUACGUGCCUCCGCAUCCAGUCCCCAGCUACGGCGGCGCGACGCAGGGUCAGGGCAUCGCCAUUGGUCACCAGCACCAGCCUUCUUACGCGGGGCUGGCGCGGGCUGCCGUCGGCCCACUCACAAGGGCACCAAGUGCUGACUGCUGCUGUGUUUGCCUAGAGCCAAUCAUGGGGGCUUUGGACUCGUCGCCCUUGGUGCGAUUGUGCGUGGAUUGCUACAACCGCCUCUUCGUCGCCGGCGACGCGCCUCCGCAGCACGCGCAGAGCGGCUACGUGCUUCCGAGUCCAGUCCCCAGCUACGCGGGUGCGCCUGGGGGGGCACUCCCUGCCGGUGAGCAGCAGUACCGGGCUGCGGCCAUUAGGCCUCCUCCCAGUUCCACCUCGAGCUCGGCUAUCGGUUCGGGACCGAUCUGUCCGGCUUGCGGCCACCCCUCCGGCUCCGGCAACAGGGCGUGCAGUGUUUGCCACCGCAACGGCCCGCCGCCGCCAGAGCUCGGCUAGCUCAAAAAUCUCGUCGCUCCAAUCAGUGUGAGUGAGAAUGUCUUCUCAACUCUGGGAGCCUUCUCUGCUUGCUCUGUUUUGACAAAGAUGCUGCUUUGAGUAGUGAUGAUUCUUGUGAUACAGUAGAUCAAUGACACCAUAUAUUUGUGCUCGUUUCCUUUGUCAGUGCUCUGACAUUAUAUCUGAUUAGUUAAUCUUUGGCUGGUUCACCUUCAGUUUAACCAAAUGAGGACUCCAGACCUUCUCCCUUGGUACUGAUUCAGUUUGAGAUUGCAUUUUAUUAUGCAAUACCGAUGAUCAGGUCAAAUGCUAAAUAGUAUG